AUGGCCCAGACACACAUCCAAGACCAAGUCUACGCCUCAUCAAUCUCCAACCCAGAAGCCUUCUGGCAGCGCCAGGCCAGCUACUUGCACUGGCACAAGAAGCCCACCAAAGCAUUUGAAAAAACGACUAAACAUCUCAAGAAGAGCAAUGUCACACAUGCGCACUGGCAAUGGUUUGCCGAUGGCGAAAUCUCUACAACUUACAAUUGUGUGGAUCGACACGUGGCGGACGGCAGAGGCGGUAAUGUAGCGAUCUGCUGGGACAGUCCUGUAACAGGCCAAAAAGAGCAGUUCACAUAUGCGCAACUAUUACAAGAAGUGGAAACACUUGCCGGAGUAUUAAGAGAAGAAGGAGUGAAAAAGGGUGAUGUGGUAUUGAUCUACAUGCCCAUGAUACCCGCUGCUGUCUUCGCCAUGCUGGCAAUCGCCCGUCUAGGCGCCAUCCACGCCGUCGUCUUCGGCGGUUUCUCGCCUGCAGCACUAGCCCAACGGAUUGAAGCCAGUCGCCCCGUUGCCAUCAUGACGGCGUCUUGCGGCAUAGAAGGGGCGAAGAAACCCGCAGAAUACAAGUCUAUGAUUGAAGGCGCGAUUCGCAAGAGUAGCUUCAAGCCGGAUAAGACGAUUGUGUGGCAGAGAGAGCAGCUGAGAUGGGAUCCUGUGCUCAAAGAAGAGGGCCAGCGCAACUGGCAGCGACUCGUCAAAAGCGCGAGGAACAGAGGGUUGAAAGCUGAUGCUGUACCUGUUAAAAGUGGGGAUGGACUCUACAUCAUCUACACAUCCGGUACUACUGGACUUCCAAAAGGCGUUGUUCGCUCAGCAGGUGGCCACGCCGUCGGUCUAAACUUGUCCAUCAAAUACCUCUUCGGAGUCCAUGGCCCCGGCGAUGUCAUGUUCACCGCCAGCGAUAUCGGAUGGGUGGUUGGCCACUCUUACAUCGUCUACGCACCCCUACUAGCAGGUGCCACUACCGUCCUGUUCGAAGGCAAACCUGUGGGAACACCCGACGCUAGCACCUUCUGGCGCGUCAUUGAGGACUACAAGGUAACCACCAUGUUCACCGCGCCUACUGCUCUCCGCGCCAUACGCAGGGACGACGGCGAGAAUGCGUUUUUCGAAGCGAGAGGCAAGAGGGGUGCGUUGAAGACGCUUCGAGCGCUUUUCUUGGCGGGCGAGAGGAGCGAACCUAGUAUCGUGCAAAUGUAUCAGAUACUACUAGCCAAGCAUUGCGCACCUGGUGCCAUGGUGGUAGAUAACUGGUGGUCGUCAGAGUCGGGCUCGCCCAUUUCUGGGAUCGCGCUUAGUGCGUCCUCGGGUUUGGAUUUCGCCUCGCAAGACCGUCCUCAGCCACUGCCGGUUAAGCCGGGUUCGGCUGGGAAGGCGAUGCCGGGGUUUGACGUGCGGGUUGUGGAUGAUGGUGGGAACGAAGUCAAGAGAGGUGAGAUGGGGAAUAUUGUCAUGGCUAUACCUCUUGCACCUACGGCCUUUACUACGCUUUGGGAGGACGAAGAACGCUUUUACAAGGGGUAUAUGAAGAGGUUUAACGGGAAGUGGAUUGAUACUGGUGAUGCUGGUAUGAUGGAUACAGAGGGAUACAUUUCCAUCAUGGCCCGAGCUGACGAUGUUAUCAACGUCGCGGCACACCGCUUCAGCACUGGGGCCAUCGAACAAGCCAUCACAACUCAUCCAUCGAUUGCCGAAGCUGCUGUAGUUGGCAUUCCCGACGCCUUGAAGGGCCACCUACCAUUCGCUUUCGUCACAUUGUCCACCCAUGACCAUCCUGAAUCAGCAGUUCCAGAUGACAAACUCGUGUCUGAGGUUCAACGUCUGACACGAAGCGGCAAGACGUUGCGUAGAGUCUUGCGUGAACUCAUCGAGAACGCAACUCACGGAGAUUUUGACAAGGAGGUCAAUGUGCCGAGCACGAUUGAGGACCGUGAGGCAGUUAGUGUGGCAAGGGACAAGGUGCGGGAGUACUUUGAGGUCAGAGGCAAGGGGCUGCACAAAGCGACGGAAGCGCGUGCCAAGCUGUAG